AUGUCUGCACACCCAUCAAUCACGUCGGUGUCCUUUGAACAACAUGCCACAGGACUCGGCAUCGGAAUCUCCUGCCCCCGCGUUUCGUGGAAGUUCACUGCCACUAAAAACACAUUCCCAAAUUGGGAACAGAAAGCUUAUGAUAUAGAGAUCCAGCGUGGUAAUUCAAGUCCCGAAUCUUACCACAUCAACGCAUCAGACUCCGUUCUGGUGCCCUGGCCGAGCCAACCCCUCUCGUCUCGCGAAUCGGCCCGUGUCCGUAUUCGAUCUUAUGGUAGUCCAAGCAAUGAGCCAACAGAAUGGUCCGUUUGGACGACUGUGGAAUGCGGUCUGCUGGAUCUCCAGGACUGGACCGCGCGUGCAAUUACUAGUCCUACCAAACAGGCCGAGGGGCCUUUACGCCCGCUUCGCUUGCGGAAGACUUUCAAGCUUUCUGCAUAUGCUCUGCGGGAUGCUCGUCUCUAUAUAACCAGCUUGGGUGUCUUCCAAGCUUAUAUCAAUGGCCUCCCGGUUGGAGAUCAUUGCAUGGCACCGGGGUGGACGAGCUACCACCACCGACUAAACUAUGAGGUCUUUGAUGUAGCAUCGUUGUUGCGGGUGAAUGAAGAUAAUGUCAUCGCAGUCGAACUUGCUGAAGGAUGGUAUGCCACACGGUUGGGAUUUCUUGGUGGUCAGCGGUUUAUCUACGGUGAUGAAAUGGCAUUGAUCGCCCAGUUGGAGAUCAAUUCUGAGCAGGACAAGUUGUCUGUCGUCUCUGAUGCGUCGUGGAAGUGCCACGCAUCGGCACUCAUGACCAGUGAAAUAUAUGAUGGAGAAGUUUAUGAUGCUCGCGAAGAUCAGAAGGGAUGGCAUAGCCUGUCAUUUGAUCAGGAAACAACUUGGGACGCCGCCCGCGAGACUGAAUUCCCCAAGACGGAACUUGUGGCGCCCAAUGCGCCCCCGGUAAGGGUUACGCAAACUGUGAAGCCUACAGAGAUUACCACGACACCUUCUGGGAAGACCAUUGUCGACUUCGGUCAGAACCUAGUUGGCCGGGUCCGCAUCCCUUCUCUUGUCAGCCCCACCGGCCACACCGUGACUCUUAUCCAUGCGGAAGUCCUUGAGAACCAAGAACUCGGCACUCGUCCACUUCGCAUUGCCAAGUGCACCGAUACCAUCAUCUCUGCUGGCAGCGAGAUCCUCAACUGGUCACCACGCUUUACCUUCCACGGCUUCCGCUAUGUCCAAAUUGACGGCUGGAAUCCCACUCUGGACAACCUCGUCGCAGAGGUCAUGCACACCGAUCUCCACCGAACUGGAUGGUUUAACUGUUCACACGAAAUGAUCAACAAGCUCCACGAGAACGCGACCUGGAGCAUGCGCGGAAACUUUCUCUCCCUUCCCACCGACUGUCCCCAACGUGACGAGCGUCUAGGCUGGACAGGCGAUAUUCAAGUCUUCGGACCUUCCGCCAGCUUCCUGUACAAUACAGCCGGUAUGCUCGGUGACUGGCUCAAAGAUCUAUCUGCAGAACAGUUAGCCCUCGAUCACGGGAUCCCACCCUUCGUUAUUCCAAAUGUAAUACCAGAAGCCCUCUGGCCCACAUUUCCCCAAGCCGUCUGGGACGACGUCACAGUCCUUCUCCCAUGGACCCUCUACCAAAGUUACGGAGACACCGAAAUUCUCCGCCGCCAAUACCCCAGCAUGAAAGCCUGGGUCGAUGUCGGUAUUUUACGCGGCCCAGACAAUCUCUGGGAAGACACCAUCUUCCAACUGGCAGACUGGCUUGAUCCCACCGCACCUCCCGAUAACCCGGGUAACUCACGCACAGACGGGACACUCGUCGCAGAUGCAUAUCUGGUCCAUGUCACACGCACCCUCGCAUCGAUCAGCAAAAUCAUCAACGAACAGUCCGACGCUGAACGCUACGAAGCUGAUUACCACACACUGAAGUCCCGCUUUCAGGCUAAAUACGUCUCCUCUACCGGCCUUCUCGUUGGUGAUACCCAAACUGCCCUCGCACUCGCCAUCGUCUUCGAUCUUAUCGACGACCCCGCUCAGCUCACAACGGCUGGUGCCCGCCUCGCUCGUUUGGUUCGGAAAUCCAGAUUCCAGGUUUCGACCGGUUUCGCGGGUACACCUAUUAUCACACACGCGCUUACAAAGGCAGGAUAUCCUCAACUAGCAUACAGAAUGCUCCAGGAGAAAUCCUGUCCGUCGUGGAUGUAUCCCAUUACCAUGGGCUCGACGACAAUCUGGGAGCGGUGGGAUAGUAUGCGUCCGGAUGGGAGUAUCAACCCAGGUGAAAUGACAAGUUUCAACCACUAUGCUCUUGGGUCGAUCAUUAAUUGGCUGCACGCUACUGUUGCGGGUGUCAGUCCACUUGAGUCUGGGUGGAGAGAGGUUCUUGUCAAACCUGUUCCUGGAGGCACCGUCACCUCUGCUGAAGUUGUUUAUGAGACGGCUUAUGGAAAAUUGGAGUGUUCGUGGGUCCUGGUUGACCAAUGUUUCAAGUUACUGCUUGUUGUUCCACCUAAUUCUAGGGCAAAGGUUGUUCUUCCUGGUGAUGAGAGUGAGGAAUGGGUUGGGUCUGGACGAUAUACCUUUGAGACAAAGUUUGAUAGUCAGGUUGGAUGGCCUCCAAAGGCGCUCGUUCCUCCUAUGUUCCACCCGGAAGACUCUUUUGUUUAA